AUGGCAAAGAGGACAAGGACGCAGGUGAAGCAGGAACAAGAAGAUGCCGCACAAGAAGCUCAGCUGCACAGUCCUCCUCUAUCUACACGAUCCACACGAUCGAGCCGGGCAGUUAAAAAAGAAGAUUCAUCAUCCCCUAAGCGGAAGUCAGCCAGCAAGGCCAAAGUCAAAUGGGAGAGCAAGCAGAUUCUUCCGAGCCCAAGUGCUUCGACGAGCAGCCCUCAACCGUCACCAGAAGAAGCAUCUCCCAAGAAGAAACGCACGAAGAAGGAGCCACGCUCAGACGCGGAAGACCUCCAAGCUCGCAAACUAAAAUCCUACUCCCAAUAUGCGAACAAGUCUCCCUUCCUAACCUUCCCGCAUCCAACACCCACAGAAUGUCAUCUAGCCCUCAGCAUCCUCUCCUCCCUCCACGGCCCACGCCAACGGCCCGCCGCAUUCAUCGCACCCUCCAACGCCGCCGGCUGCGGCGACUGCCCCUCCGUUCUCGACGCCCUCGUCCGCACCAUCCUCUCCCAAAACACCAGCUGUACCAACAGCACGCGAGCAAAGCUGAGCAUGGACGAGGUCUACGGGCGCAGCGACGACUGGGAGGCCAUUGCCAAAGGCGGCAAAGCGAAGCUCGAGGAUGCCAUCCGAUGUGGUGGCCUGGCCGUUGUCAAGUCCAAGGUCAUUCUCAGUAUUCUCGAGCAAGUCCAUGCCAAGUAUGGAGAAUACAGCCUCGACCAUCUACAUGAUGCGUCAACAGACGACGCAUAUAAAGAAAUGCUGUCCUUCCAGGGUGUCGGCCCCAAGACGGCUUCGUGUGUGCUCCUCUUCUGUCUGCGGAGGGAAAGCUUUGCAGUGGAUACGCACGUCUGGCGGAUAGCCGGGUUGCUGGGUUGGAGGCCCAAGGAGGCGGGUAGAGAGGCCACGCAGGCGCAUCUGGAUGUCAGGGUGCCCGAUGAAGAUAAAUACGGUCUGCAUGUGCUGAUGGUGACGCAUGGGAAGAGAUGUGAUGAGUGUAAGGCUGGAGGGAAGAAUGUGGGCAAGUGUGAGUUGAGGAAGGCGUUUAGGGAAGGGAAGGCAAAUAAAGAUGAGGCGGUUAAGAAAGAAGAGGCGGAAAUUAAGGAUGAAGAAAUAGAAUGA